GGAACCCCUUCUCGGACUGUAAAGAAGAGAAAGACCAAGGCUCCGAGAAGAAAGAGGAAAGGCAACGAUCCAUAGGUAGGCAAACGAAACCAUGUUGCUUUUCCUCUACCAAAUCCACGUUACGCAUGUAGUAUUGCAAGAAACCCACGUGGAUCAAAGAAGCUCUGCAAUACUAUCCCCACGAUGCAAAAUGAAACAAGAAGAAACCAAAUCUGAAAAACGCAACAGCAUACAAAACAAUCUUAAAACCUACUCGUACCAGCAAUCACCACCCACGCCUCAAAUCACAUCCAUCCCUCCCCACGCAUCCCGAAUAAGACAAAGCCUCCCCAAUCGUCCCCCCACGCAUCAUUCCCAGCAAAACAGCGUAAAAUGGGGGUCCCCAAGCACACAUCCCCAUCCCAUCGCCAGCUCUCCCUCUUUCACCGACAGUAGUCCCAUCGGCCACCACAAAAAUAAGCUUGUAUUAACUCAUCCCUCCCUCCCCCAAACUUUCGGGAACCCCCUGCCUUGUCCCCCCAAAUAACGAACAGCAAAUCGGAAUCUCAAG